GCUGGGUAGUUAUUCCUGGUGGAGAGGAUGGGACGUCGGACACUCCACCUGCUGGGAUUGGCUGGAAUGAGCGGCUGUGCAUUCACCAUGACCGUUUCCUUGGCAUUGCUGGAGAAGCUGCCGUGGAUGAGCUACAUCAGCACAGUCGCCAUCUUUGGUUUUGUGGCCUUCUUUGAAGUGGGCCCAGGUCCAAUCCCAUGGUUCAUUGUGGCUGAACUCUUUAGCCAGGGGCCACGGCCAGCAGCGAUGACCAUUGCUGGAUUCGCCAACUGGACCUCGAACUUCAUCGUGGGGAUGACUUUCCAAUACAUUGUGGCGCUGUGUGGUCCAUUCGUUUUCCUUAUCUUUGCCUUCCUGCUGAUCGGCUUCUUUGGCUUCACCUACUUCAAGGUGCCGGAGACUCGGGGAAAGACAUUUGAUGAGAUUGCCGCCUCUUUCCGCAGAAACCCUUCUCUCCUGGACCAGGAAUUCAAGCAGAACAGCACUGAACUCGAAUACCUUGAUGAUGACUCCAGUGUGUGAGAGCAUGAGCGUGAGAGAGAAAGGGAAGGAGUGAACGUGAAAGUGAGGGAGCGAAUAAGAGGCGAGAGUUUAAAGUCAGCCUCACUGUUCACUUUAAAUGGACGCUUUAGCAGCUGUUGUGGCUCUCCACUGUUAAAUUAAAAAGUGUUGUGUGUCUUUUUUAUUUUAAA